GGCCCUGGAGUCGCUGGGAGCUUUGGAACAUCAACGGUAACGAUGACCCCCCUGCUUCUGCUGUGUGUGUCCUUGCCCUUCAUCUCGGCAACUGUAGCGUUACAGCUUGAAAACCAUGACGACAUGGACGGCACGAUGCGUGUCAGCAUCCCCUUGGAGAUGCCUCUGCGUCCUCUGCUGGGCAGCAAGGUGGUCGUACCCUGUUACUUCCAGGACAACACAGUGAAUGACCCCGGGGUCCGCGCCGUGACCCUGCUCUCACACCGCAUCAAAUGGAGCUAUGUCUCCAAGGAGAAAGUCACCACGAUCCUGGUGGCGUCCGAGGGGAAAGUCCAGGUGGAGACGGAGUAUCUGGACAGAGUGACGAUGAUCAACUACCCGCUGGUGGCCACCGACGCCACCAUGGAGAUCACAGAGCUGCGGUCCAAAGACUCGGGAACGUACCGAUGCGAGGUGCUGCACGGCAUCGAGGACAACUACGACUCUGUGGACAUUCAGGUUCAGGGUAUUGUGUUCCACUACCGGGCCAUCACCACCCGCUACACCCUGACAUACGAGAAGGCGAAGGCCGCCUGCCUCCAGAACAGCGCCACCAUCGCCACGCCCGCCCAGCUGCAGGCGGCCUACGAUGACGGAUACCACCAGUGUGAUGCUGGAUGGCUCUCUGAUCAGACUGUCAGGUAUCCGAUCCGUGAGCCCAGAGAGCAUUGCUUUGGAGACAAGGAGGAAUUCCCAGGCGUGAGAACCUAUGGCGUGAGAGAUGUCAACGAGACCUACGACGUGUACUGUUUUGCUGAGAAGCUUUCAGGCAGGGUCUUCUACUCCAUGUCUGUAGAGAAGUUUAGUUUCUACGAAGCAGGAGAUCAGUGUAACAAACUGGGCGCUCGGCUCGCUAACACCGGAGAGCUCUACCUGGCCUGGAAGGACGGCAUGGACGUGUGUAACGCCGGCUGGCUGGGGGACAGGAGCGUUCGAUACCCCAUCAACAUCGCCAGGCCUCAGUGUGGAGGGGGGCUCAUCGGAGUGAGAACCGUCUACCUGUUCCCCAACCAGACAGGAUACCCCUACCCAGACUCUCGCUACGAUGCCGUCUGCUUCCAAGGUGUGGUGUUUCACUACCGUCCCAUCACCGGUCGGUACACUCUGAGCUUCCUGGCGGCUCAGCAGGCGUGUCAGAGCGUCGGCGCCGUCAUCGCCAGCGGCCAGCAGCUGCAGGCGGCCUUCGAGAAAGGUCUUCACCAAUGUGACGCCGGCUGGCUGCGAGACCAGACUGUCAGGUAUCCCAUCGUGUCGCCCAGAGAUAACUGUGCCGGUAAUCUGCCUCACAUCCCCGGAGUCAGAUCCUACGGCCUGAGACCAGCAAGCGAACAAUUCGAUGUGUUUUGUUAUAUGGAACGUCUGAAAGGUGAGGUCUUCUUCACCAGUGACUACGACAGCUUCUCGUACGAGGAGGCUGUGCAACACUGUCAGAAACUCAACACGACGCUGGCCACCACCGGACAGCUGUUUGCCGCCUGGAACCAGGGGCUGGAUAAGUGCCGCCCGGGCUGGUUGUUGGACCGCAGCGUCCGCUUCCCCAUCACAACCCCCAGGUCCCACUGUGGAGGAGGGCAGGUCGGCGUCCACAUGAUCCACGCCUACCCCAACCAGACAGGAUUCCCCGAUGAACACUCACGCUACGACGCCUAUUGUUUCAAAGCUGAAAUUCCAGUUGAUCACGUUGAAAAUGAAACCAGUAUUGAUCUGACGAUUGAUUUCUUGACGGUGGAUGUGAUAAAGAAGACCAUAGUCAAAGUUGAUCACUCGGUUCCCACAGUUGACACCAAUGUACACUACAAUGAAACUGAAACCAGUGUAAACAUUACCGAAAUAGAGGAGUUUGUCAACAAGACAACCGUCACAACUCAACAAGUUGCUCCCACUGUGAGUCCAAUUUUACCUCCAAUCUCAACCUCCAAACCUGUUGAUGUGUCUGGCUCUGGAUCAGCUGAACCUUCAUCCAGCGGGGAGAUCCCAGAGGAGUCCAGCACCUCGGGGUCCAUUACCUCGGAGUCCAGCACCUCGGGGUCCAGCACCUCGGGGUCCAGCACCUCGGGGUCCAGUGGUGAUUCCUCCGGUUCGGGACAGGUCCUCUUCAGCGGACACCCUGACGUCUUCUCCGGGGGUGAGUCCACCUCUGGAGGGCCGCAGGAGGCAGAAGGAGGAAGCGCCGUCUUCGUCUCAUCCGGAGAAGGUGGUAGUCAAUCUGGAUCUGGAUCUGGGGAAGGGUUCGACGGACAGUACUCUGGCUUCAAGUCAUCCGGAUCAGGUUUUACCAGCGGAAGUGGGGACAUUAGUGGUAGCAGUGGAGACUCAAUGAUCAUCAUGGUGGACGGGAAUAUGAAGGAGGUGUGGCCAACUCCCCCAAGAGCCACUGAGCAGGAGUGGGGCCAGGGAGGCAUUGACAGCAGUGGGGUUAACUUGGAGUCGAGCGCCUCUGGAUCUGGAAGUAUGUCCGGGUCAGGCUCCGGUGGAUUUUCUGGCAUCUCAUUCGUCGACCAGGGUGGCGUUGACCUGACAGUCCAGCCGUCCGGUGAGCAGGAGGUGUCUGGAUAUCGUCCGUUUGGAUCCGGGUUCCACAGCGGCUUUUCAUCCGGUAUCUCAGGCAGCGGCUCCGGCUCCGAGGACUUUAUCCAGCAUCCAGGGGACGUCAUCUACCUCACGGACAACAACAUGAUGGAAGUGACCGAAGCGCCACAGAUACGCCACCCAGAGCAUGGCCGAGGAGUGGUGGAGAUCAGCGGGCAAGGCAGUGGGUCAGGGAGCCAUCAUGAGUUCAGUGGCACCUUCGACAUUAACAUGCAUCACUCCGGAAGUGGAGUCCCUCAGGAAUUAUCUUCUCAGACUACAACCUAUGAGGAAACUACCAGAACCGACCAAUCAGGACACGAGGAAGAGGAUCUGGAAAGACAUGCAGAACCUACAGUUUAUGCCGUGACUCCAGACGCCGCCUACACCAGCCCUACCACAGCACCGUCAGUGUCCUACGCAACUCCUUCCGUCAUGGAGCAGCCUGAAGUAGUGGAAGACCCCUGUGAUCCAAACCCCUGCGGUUCAGGGUCCUGCUCGGUGCAGGAGGAGCUCGCCGUGUGUCAGUGUCCGGCUGGGUUCUCUGGGGCAGACUGCUCGACACCUGUGCAGGGCUGUGCUGAGGGCUGGCUGGAGUUCAAGGGCAGCUGUUACCUCCACUUUGCGGAGAGAGACACCUGGUCUGAGGCCGAGCAGCGCUGCCAGGAGGUCAACGCCCACCUGGUCAGCAUCGGCUCCCAGGACGAGCAGCAGUUUGUCAACUCCAAUGGCCAGGACUACCAGUGGAUUGGACUGAACGACAAAGACGUGCAGAAUCAGUUCCGCUGGACAGACGGCAGUCCUCUGUCUUUUGAGAACUGGAGGCCCAACCAGCCAGAUAACUACUUCAACUCUGAGGAGGACUGUGUGGUGAUGAUCUGGCACGAGGGCGGACAGUGGAACGACGUGCCGUGCAACUACCACCUCCCCUUCACCUGCAAGACUGGACCUGCCAUGUGUGGAUCCCCUCCUGAGGUGGAGCACGGCCGGCCGAUGGGCAGCGGCAGAGAGCGAUACCCCGUCGACUCUAUAGUCCGCUACCAGUGUGACGCCGGCUACACACAGCGCCACCUGCCCGUCAUCCGCUGCCUGCCCGACGGACAGUGGGAGCAGCCUCAAGUGGAAUGUACAGAAGCCGGCGCCAACAGCAACAGGCUACACAAAAGAUCCCUCAGGAGGAGAAGUAAAGGCGUCAGGAGCCAAUAGGAACAGAGGAAGCUGCUCUGAGCAGGAAUAAAAAGGACAUACAACAGAGAGCCACAAAGGACCCCCACCCCCCCCCUCUUGUAAAGAAGCAUGGACACCGAUGCAAAUGCCCGACCAAAAAGAAAACAUUCCCCACCGUGUAUGGACACACACUAAAGCACAUUUAGACAGUGGUAGUGUAAUUGUUUUGGAUCUUUGAGUGUCACCCUGCACCUCCUGAAGGCGGUUUCUAUAGGUAUUUAUACUGUCUGAUUUAUGGCUAGUAAUUGGAAGCAUUAUCUCAAUGCACAUUCUGACAUUUCCUGCAAUCAUUUGCCAGCACUGCACACAGAGUUAAGGUAGAGUGACAUGAGAGGUUUCAGAGUGACACGCAAAGUCCAAAACAACCAAGUGUUUUCGAUUGCAGCUGGAUUCUCUGAAGUCAAACACAUAGACUUUUGCUAUGUUUUUAGGGUAUUUUUCUCUGUGUUUGUAGUCAUUUGUAUUUCUUUUAUUUGAUCUUUAAGGACUACAUGUUCUUCAGACUGGUGAAAUACUGUUUUAUGUUGUUUUUUUACAUAAUAGGCGAAUACAGUGACCCCUUCAAAUACAGCCAUAAGCUCUUGUUAACAACAUAGAGAACUGUGAAGGUAAAGUGUAUUUGUAUUUGAUUUAUCAGACGCUUACAGUAUUGCAUAAAAUCCCAGAUAUGAGUACAAGCAAGGGCAAGAGAUGAUGCCCCUGUGCAACAACACAACCGCAGUAUCAGCAAUACUGACAUGAUUGUGCUGUUCCAACUGAUGAUGAAUAUAGAAAUCGUAAAAAAGUCACUGCAACAAACCUGGAUUAAAAUAAUCAGCACUCAUGCACUUUUAGGAGUCUUCAGUCACUUCUGUGCUAAUCAUUUGAAUCCAGUGCACCUUAAACAUAUCCUCAUCUGUAGCUGACACAUGGCAAGGAAACUGAAUAAAAGUGAGAUCUACAGUAUGACACUGAAUUGGUUGCUUUCGGCAAAAGAUCUCCUCCCAAUUUUGCAGGUUUACAUUUGCCAUUUCUCCAGAGCAAUCGGUGUCAGCACCGUCAGAUCAUGCUUUUAUGAGAUUCAGUGUUUGCUGAAUGAAGUUUCUCACUGUAAAUACUCUCUCUACAAUUCUCUGAACAGCAGGAUCUGUCAAUGACCUACACAGAGCUGACAAUUUAAUUGUUUAGUUCAUCAUCAAUCUGUGUUGCUUUGUUAGUUUAAAUAGCUGUUAAGUUGCAGCUAUGAGUUAUUUAUCAAGCAGGAAUGACUUUUGAUUUUGACAAACAGCGUAUGAAGACACAAACUGAUUUUUCUAAUAAAGACAUCUUUGUGGAAGUUCCUUGCUGUGUUUCAUGCAGACCUAUCAGCAGAAAUGUACUUCUUAAAACUUGAGGAAUUACACAAUUUUAGGGAAAAUAAGAUGUGAAAACAGUAGAAAUUAUAUUAAAAAUUAAAUUAAAAAGAGAGUGUUGAGAUGGAGGUUUUAAAAUGAUUAUGACCAUGACCUUUAAAAGGUCAGGAUUCAAACUCUUAAACAGCAACCACACACACAUGGACGCACACACACACACACACACACACACACACACACACACACACUCACAAUUGAGUAUACACACUACAAAAUAUGAAAGUAGAGGACUUUGCGUGACGACGCCACAAAGAUACACCUAGCUGGCUCAAAGUAAAUAAAGUCGAUCUGGAUAUCAAUUACAGAGUGUAUGCUCACGGGGGAUAACAUCAGUGAGUCUUUAUCAGUUUUUAGAUUUGUCAUCAAAUCUUUAGACGAGUAAACCAAAAUGUGUGUAACGUGGCACACAGACACGUCUGUUGUGUUCAGAUCCCGAAUCCUGAUGUGAACAUACUGUACUGUGCUGUACCAAAUAAAACUUGGAAUCAUC